AUGAGCACUUCAAAUGAUACAUCGGCAUCUCUUAGUGACCGCCUCCUCGCCCUCUUCAAUACCAGCGUCGAUUCAAUCGAUACCUCAAUCGAGGCCUUAAUCGAUACCUCCUUCACCUCCAGCCCGCCAGCUUACGACGCCAUCAUUCACAGCACUCUCAACGAUAUGGAAUCCGUCUUCACUGAGUGGGAACAUGAUCACAACCUCAGCUUCAUCACCUCCGUCAUCCACAGACGCCGCACUCAGCUUCUCGAGACCGGUAGCUUCACCUCCGGCGAUGAGGACUUCCUUGCCUACCAUGCUCCACCCUCAGAGACCGCUUCUGAUGCCACUGAGCCCGACGUCCCCGAUGAUAUGCUGUGUACUAUCUGUGGGCGCCGCCAGAUCAGCGUCCAGUUCCGCGAUUGUGUCCAUGCGUCGUGCAAGGACUGUGCGAAGGGUAUGUGGCGUGCGAGAAUCCAGUACGACGGUCAUUUUCCAGACUAUUGGCAUUGCCCGUUGUGUAGGAGGUAUGUUUAUGAGGUGAAGGAGAUUCGUGCGAAGGAUGAUGAGGGUGAAGCUAGGGAAAUAGCAGUCAUGGAGUGGAUUUUGGAGGUUUCGAAGAGCGCAAAGGAGAUGGUUGUGGAUGUGCUGGAAUAG